AUGAGAGGAAGAGGAAGAAGCGGCGGAAAGUCGCGGAAGAAGACGCUUCUUUUUCUCCUUUUUCUGGCGUCUGUGUCGUCGUCUGUAUUCGUCUCCGGUCGUCCGUAUUCUUCUUACGACGAGAAAGAAGACGUCGUUGACCUCUUUCCCGAUUUUGAGAGGAAUGAACGAGAUCUCCUCGUCUUCGCCGGUGCAGUUGGAGAAUCAAAGAAAACAGACGAUGACGACGGUGGUGUUCUUUGGACGCAGAAAACGAGUCGGUUGCGAGAGAAAUCGAUGGCGUUUCCUCCCGGGAAUAUCAUUUUCUCAGACGAGGAAAAGGAGACGGCGAGUAAUACUAACGCUACGCCUUUGGAACGCGCGGCGGGGUAUUUUAAGUUGAAUCGAACGACGCACGACGCGCACAUGUUUUACAUGUUCUUUGAACACCGAGGAGGAGGAGAAGCGAGUAAAGGAGGUAGAAAAGGAGGCGAAGAGAAAGUUCCGGUCGUGCUUUGGAUGACGGGAGGCCCGGGUUGCUCCUCUGAGCUCGCCGCGUUCGCGGAAAAUGGACCGUUCGAAGUGAUUGAAAACAAAGACGAAAAUUCGGAGGAUAAAUACGUUUUGAAAGAAACGAAAUACGGAUGGGAUACGGUCGGUCAUCUGCUCUACGUCGAUCAGCCGGUAAACACUGGGUUUAGCUGGACGUCGGAUAACACGGACGAGGCUCGCGAUGAAGAGACGGUUUCCAACGAUAUCUUUGAGUUUCUUCAAGACUUUUUCCUCUCCAGGCCGGAAUUGGCGGAUAAUCCGUUAUUUAUCACCGGCGAGAGUUACGCGGGACAUUACGUUCCGGCGGUCGCUCACAGAGCUUUCGUCGCGUCGAAGAACGACGAAGGGAGCGUGAAUUUGAAUUUGAAAGGCUUCGCAAUUGGAAACGGUUUAACCGAUCCGGAAAUUCAAUACGCCGCGUACGCGAAGUAUUCCGUUGGAGUUGGAAUCGUGACAGCGUUACAAGGCGAGGAUGUGAACGCGAAAUAUUUAGAGACGUGCGAGAAGAAAGCGAAAAAAUGUAACAACGAGAACGGUAAGAGAUACUCCAACGCGACGGUAUCGAAAAAGUGCAUCGAAGCCGUGGAGUACUGUCAGAACAUUCCAAACGCGUUGCUGCAGAUUGCGGCUGAGAACAAAGGCGGGAAGCCGAUUAACGUGUACGACGUUCGAAAAGAAUGCGUGGGCGAUUUAUGUUACGAUUUCUCGCCAAUCGGGAAAUUUCUGAAUCAAAAAUCGACUCGAGAGGCGCUCGGCGUCGGCAAUCGCAAGUGGGAGACGUGCAAUAUGGAGGUUCACGAGAAGAUGAUGGGGGACUGGAUGAGAGAUUACGAACCGCUCAUUCCGGAAAUGUUGGAAAACGGCGUGCGAGGGAUGAUUUACGCCGGCGAAAGCGAUUUUAUUUGUAAUUUCGCCGGCAAUUUAGAUUGGACGCGAAAAAUGGAGUGGAGCGGCAGAGAAGAGUUUGCGAAGAAGUUUUCGUCGCCAUUCGUUAUCGACGAAGAAGAAGGAUGGACGGGUGGAGAAGUCAUAGAAAACGACGACGGACGAUUCUCGUUCGUGAAAGUGAGCCAGGCCGGGCACAUGGUUCCUUUGGAUCAACCAAGAGUAGCCCAGGAGAUGCUCCGAAGAUUUGUAAACGAGGAAAACAUUGCAACCGGGGGAGAAGGAGGAGGAAAAGGCGAGGUUUGA